CAACGUCAAGUCGACCGAGCCGUUGGCAGAAGCAGAAGACGAAAGCUACGACGAACGGAUGUGCAACCGGUGCUAGGUCAACACUCUACCGGUGCGAAGCGCUGCCGUAACGUCUGUACUAUAGUUAAUGUUGAUUGCCGCUAAGAACCUUUCAACAUUCUGCGAGAACGUAUAGCAUAGUUAUACUCGCUGGCCCGACCGUACAGUGUCUACGACGGUCGUCGGCGGCGCCGUCGUAGUACGACGAGUUUCGACCGCCGCAUUCGGCAGAACGUCGCAAUGCCGUCACCCAAGAAAGUGGUGCUCCUGGCCUGCGGUUCGUUUAAUCCGGUGACCAACAUGCACCUGAGGAUGUUCGAGGUGGCCCGGGACAACCUCACUAGUUCAUCCAUGGAAGUGGUCUGCGGCCUGGUGUCCCCGGUGUCUGACGGUUACGGCAAGGCUGGCCUGGCACCUGCCAACCAUCGAUGCCGAAUGCUAUCCCUGGCUCUGGCCUCCUCCUCCUGGGUCAGGCUAGACACGUGGGAGUGUGAGCAGGAGAGUUGGACGCAGACGCGGCGCGUGCUGGACCACCACCGGCAGAGGAUAGCCAUUGAAGGGCUGCCCACGCAAUCGGGUCCCAAGCGUCGACGGAGGCGGCAGAGUAACGACAACCUGAACGAGGCAGCCUUGAAUGUUCAGGUGAUGCUGCUGUGUGGAGCUGACCUGUUGCAGUCAUUCAGUGUGCCGGGGCUUUGGUCCGAGCAAGACAUAGAGAACAUCGUGACACAGUAUGGCCUGGUGGUGAUGACUCGCUCUGGCUACGAUGUGCCGCGAAUUAUCUACGAGAAUGACAUCCUCUACCGGCUCCGGCGCCACAUUCAUGUGGUCACUGAGUGGAUCCCCAACGAGAUCAGCUCCACAGCAGUCAGGCGAGCACUGAUGCGUGGGGAGAGUGUCAAGUACCUCCUUCAAGACUCCGUGAUCGACUACAUCCGACAACAUGGCCUGUACGCCCAGUCUAUCAUGGACGACAUCAACUCGAACCACACGGAGACAGAAGAUGGCCAGGAGACAGCCGUGUGACAAUUGCACUCGGUGCCCGGACAGCACCAGUACCGGGUGCCGAGCGGUAUUGCCACCAUCAUUAGGACCGAGCAAGCGAGAACCACGCAAGACCUGCAUCGCUUGCAGUCGGUUGUGACGGCCGUCCCAGAUCAAUGGCCCGUCACCGUGCUCGAUAACGGGGGCCUGUUGCAGAAUAGCAACAGAGGUACCGGCGCGUGCGCGCCGUGUAUGACACUUGGGGACUCUGCCCUAGCGCAUUUCAUCUCCUGUUUGGUUCUCAAGGAAAAAGCUCGAUCGUGCGAGCCUGGUUCCGGCCAGUGACUCUGGAGCGCAACAGCUCAUGGGGCUAUUGUGACGGCGAAUGUGUUGGCAUUCGCAAGCUUGCACUGCUAGUCAGGCAGAAGCUUUAACAGCUGUCAAGUGGAAAUGUCCUGCCACUUGGCAUCGAUUCACAUUUCCUGUUCCAUCAAACUGCGGAAUGCCUUUUUUAUUACGGGAAAUGUUGCCAGGAGCCAACUGUUGGUUCCUACUGCAAAUGUGUCAGAAGUCACAGUCUGACACUUUUUAGCGUGUUGACUAAGCUGAAUUAGCUUUAGAUGGGAACACAUGACCAAUUACUAAUGAACAACAUGUGGAGCAAUAAGGUGCCCGGAGUUCAUCAAAGGCACUUGGAGUUCGUCAAAGGUGCCAUCUGCAGGGCUUAGUGCAGAUGUUUAGUAUCUAUUGUAGCGAACCAACUACUACACAGUUGCUGCAUUUUGCUGCGCGCUUUGCUUUGAUGUCUAAUGAGCUUCUUAGAACAACUUAAAUAGGAGCCUCGUUGUAAGUGUCUCAAGUCAUCGUGCAUUGCACUGUGCCAGUUGCAUGUUGGCACACAUAAUGUAUCUUCUGUGAGAUACCCUGUGGUAUCUUAACUCGCUUUGGAGAAUUGUUUUCCAUACUUCAUCUGAUAUAGUUGAGCUGACUGUGUGCACUGUAGGUGCCUCUGUAGUUGGGGCAAAUCAGCCCUGUUAGGGGGCACAUCAGGCAAAAGCAUAAUAGAAAAUGCACAUGCUGAGAGAAGAGUACUGCAGCUACUACAUGAAUCGUGUAGGGUCUACUAGUCUUGGAAUUUCACAGCUCUAGUGCAUGUCUCACUUAGCCCUUAGACAGAUCUGCAAGCACUGUUCACACUUGUCUCUGAUGAAGUGAAACAAAGGCAGCUUUAUAUUUGCCCUUUAGCUUGCACAUGACCUUAGUUGUGGGUUCAGCUUCGGCCAGCACUCAAAUAUAUAAUGCUGCAUUCUGUGACAUCACUAUUUAUGGUAUACUGGCAGUUUCACUAGUCUAUUAAGUUUCAGUGUGCUAUUAUGCAGCAUUUUGCUGCAAAAUGUAACUUUCUAGUUGCUUGAACUUCCAAGGCUGGUCCAAGUUUUGAAAUAGUGUAAAUAAUGUUUUAGGCACAGCUGCAAGAAAAGUUGGACAGUACUAUACAACUUUGAACAGAGAAAGCAUGGUCCUCAGCUUAUGGCAGAAUUUUGGGAGCAGUAAAAAAUUAAGGGGUGUUAUAACUGUCAGUCCUACUGCCCUCUUGCCGCAACAGGUUGUGUACGCAGUGCACCUUGUAGUUCCUACAAAGUUCACAAUCUGUAAAACUAGUUAACUACUUGUUGAUACUUUGCCAUUAUCUACCUGUCAGAAUUUCGCACCCAUUGAGGCAGUGAUAGCAACUAGCCUUGAGUAUUCACCCCUUGGAACAGCACCUGUGAGCAUAGAAUUUUCUACACUACUCAGCGAGGUGUAGAGAACUGCACUACCAAGAGCUGCUGGGUCACUGCAACUCACUGACUGCAAACUUGAGUGGUUUGUCCUGAUUAAAAUAGUUGUCUUCCCACCAUUUAAAGGCCAGGAAUAGAGAGUUAGUGUAGCCAGGCGAUAGUCUUACGAAUGUUAAGAAGAAGCUGUGGCACUGUCUGUCCGGGCCAUUGCCAUUGUUGCUCCUAAUUAUCUGUACUGGCCCAUUGCUCGUUCUUGAUCUGCUGUUCAGCCAUAAGUGGCUAAUCUUCACUGAUCCAUGUAUGCAGGCUUGUGCGCUGAGACUACAGCGUCCCAUCCAGGUUGUGCUCUAAAUUUUUAUAUUUGACAUUUCUCUCUGUUUUCUGGAAUGUAUUCUGCCUCAUUACAUAUGUAAUGUGCACCAAGUGAAUGUUGAGGGAAAAUUUAUUUUAUCUUUUUAGAUUUUUAUCAAAUGAAGGAUCUGUUUGCUGGAAACAAGUCUGUUCCUUCAGUGACACUUUUCACCUUGCACUUAAUUAUUUUUUGACACUGCUGUGUUAAGGCUCUUGCAUGCUUCUAUUACAACAGUGUGUUGUUUGAGGUGGAUAUAAGUGUCUAUAGGAUAUUAAUAUGUGUUUCCACCAUGUUUUCCUUUCUGCUGGACAGGCUCAGAUUUUGUUGGGCAGUGUUUUAGAGGUAGCUGAACAUCUUUGCAUGGUGUUGCUUUGUACAUGCUACUGAAACCUUGGGAGAAGCAUAUUAUGGAAUGUAUGGAAAAAAUGAACUUGAAUGUGCAUGAUGUUUAGUGCCGUGUUUGUAUUUGGGUUGAAGCUGGAUGCUUGUUCAGAGGUUUUGGAUGGAUGAAAUAAAAUGCCUGUUCCAUGA